UGACAUCCUUACACCACCGGGCAAUAGUCUCCAUGUUAUGUGAUUGGUUCACAUCACUGUCAGCCCCGCCCAUUUUCAAAGAGGACACCAAUUCUGUGAUUUAAAAGAAAAUUUAUUACAAAACAUACUACAAAACACUAAAAUGGCGAUUAAAACGUCCCUGUCACUGUAUUCUGACUUGAGAAUGUAAACAAAUACGACAUCUGGGGAUAUAAACUGGAUAAUACAGCAGUCAGCAGGCCACACGGAGAGCUGGAUGCCAAAAAAAUACUUAUUUAACUACUGGAUUCAGUAUGAACUUUAACAUUUUUUGUUAUUUAUUUAUGUCAUUUAUUUACGUAUGCUGCAUCAGCUACAUUUAAACAAAAUAUAUAAAGUCGUAUUUACUAUCCAACUUUGCCUUACUUAUUUUCCUGACUGAUUCAUACAUUAAAUAUGUUCUGCAGACUCAUAGUGGGAAAUGAAAUGUCCCUUGGGAAGACUAUUGUUACCGCCUGCAGCUUCAAGCAUUAUAGCCCCCUGUCGGUAACAAUAUAGUCUUAAUUUUCCACUAUAGCUAGCAAGUCUUACUUCAGAAAACAAAAUCGUUGCUUUGCAGGUUCAAAUGUAUGUUUAUCUGAAAUGCAUACACAAGCAGACACACAUUCUGCAAUAGGAAAUACUACAGCUAUGCAGAGAUAACCUAAAAUGGAUCUGCCAACCAGAAUUACCACAAAGCUUUCAAAAGUGUCAGAUGAACAGGUAACCUGUAUGGGGUUUCUAGAAAAGGAUAGCUAUGACAAGUACAUACAAGUUGUUCCAGGCAACAGAUGAAGCAAUUUCAAUUGCAAGCAGUGUCCUCUAAUGUGCAGCUCAUGUCAAAGAAUGCAUACUACACUAUAAAGUGCUUCAGCAACCGGAAGCCUUUUCCAGACUUAGGAGUCAUGUACAGUAAUCAAUCGCUUCAGCAUUUAUCAUGCAGUACAAGUAUUGUUUGGCACACCUUACGUUGUGCAAUUCCACCUGGCUGCAUCACAGCUUAAUUAGAAUGACUCAACCUGGGGUAUUUCCACAGCUGCUCAAACAAGAAUACCAUUUUAUUGUUGCGUGAUUUCUUUUGAAGAUAGCCUUUAUUAGCAUCAUUUACACUGCUUGAUGUGAGCUUAAAUAUGGACAAUUACGCUCACAUUUUGGAUUUGUGAAAGAAACUUAAUCACAACUGGGUCUUGCUUAGAGGCCAUUUGACACUGCUUCAUUAUCCAAUUUUAUCAUACAGAAUUCUCUUUCAGAUGUUAAUUUAUAUGUACUGAAAGUCUACAUUUUAUUGUACCAUGUUCACCACGUCUUUUAUUGGAGUAGACACUUUUUUGUUAUUUUAUUUUUUUCUUCAUUUAUGCCUGGGUCUUUAAAAGUUCAUGAGUUAAUCAAUUUAGUACUCAGUCUAAUUCAUUUCAAUCAUUGUUUUAGAAAAACAACCUGCAGGCUUGCAUGAAGGAAUUGCACUUGCACCCCCUUGAACUAAAUCUUUCAUACAGAUGUCCACCUUGUUGUGGCAAACGUCUUGCUGGAAACAUAAAAACUGGAAUGACUUUUGUUUUUGCACUCAUACUAAGGUAUCUCAAAUCAGAAUACAUUUUCUGAUAGCACUAGAUCUCGUCACAUUGCAAAUAUUUGAAGCAAAUAUAAUCGUAUUGCUCUAUUCCUGGACAGCCCAGCAACUGUGUUUCCAUUGGCUUACCAAGAGCAGCCCCACCCCCACCCCCUCCUCCAUCUUCCUAUUUGCUUACACUCACACUCCAGUCUACCAGAUCUAGGAGAUGCUACACACCUGUUAGUGACAAAGUAUCAUCAAUAAGGACCCAUGGAUUCAGGGAACAACACUUUGGCAAAUACCCAUUUAAACUGCACCACUGACACCAGCUACCGCUUUGUCUUUCACCAGGUCAUGUACAGCUUCAUUUUCGUCUUUGGCUUGGUGGGCAACGGAUUGGCCUUGCGACAGUUCUGCGGCUCUCUCAAGACAGCCAACAGCACAGCGAUUUACAUGGCUAACCUCUCCGUGGCAGACCUCAUCUUCGUGGCCUCCUUGCCCCUGCGGAUCUACUACUACCACCACUCUGCAAAUCGCUGGACCCCGGGCCGUACCUUCUGCCUUCUGACCUUCACCCUCAAGUACAUCAGCAUGUACGGGGGCAUCUUCUUCCUGGCGUGCAUUGGAAUGGACCGCUUCUUUGCUGUGGUCUGCCCGUUGGCAAAGCGAUUGAGGAAGGUACGGACAGCCAGGGCAAUCAGCGUAGGUGCCUGGUGUCUUAUCCUGGUCCUCAGCAUUUCCCUACCAUUCCUGCGUUUGAUGGUUGCCACACGCCAGCAGCCCUGCCUGCCUGACCCUUCCUCCAGAAGGAACCGUCUGUUCAUCCUGGUCAUUCUCUUGCUAGUGGAAGCUGCCUUCCUCUUCCCCCUGUUCCUGCUCCUCUUCAGCUACUGCAGCAUCAUCAGGACCCUGCGCCAGCCCACCCGCCUUGCUCCGAGCAAGCCCUGGGAAGGGCGCACCAUGAGAAUGAUCUACUCCGUCAUCAUGGUCUUCCUUUUCUGUUUCGCCCCCUAUCACCUCAACCUCUUCUGGUUCACCCUCACCAAAGUAGAGCUUGUCCAAAACUGCACCUUGACCAAGAUCAAUCAGGCACUGCACCCUGUGGCACUUACUCUGGCCAGCAUGAAUUGCUGCCUCAACCCUCUCAUCUAUUAUUCCUCCAGCAAGAUGUUUCACAAAGAGUCAUCCACCAGCAGUGGAAGCCAGUGAAGAGACUAGUGUUUAUGUUAAAAGGUGGUUGUUAAAAAUGGUCAGUGCACUUACGUUAGCACAGAGAUCGACAGCACAUAUUUUACAAGUGAGUAUUCAUUCACUGUCCUUUCUACAACUUUAUUCUCUCCUACGUCUCAAACUGUUCCGCAUUAAAGGACACUGUGAGGAACUCUGUUCAAACCAGCAGCAUGGCAUUGGCCAUUGAAGCCAAACCGGAAUUGCAAUUAUAUAGAUAAUAUGAGUUAUAAAAUACUGGGGGAAAUGUCUGUACUAUUGUCUUGGCAUUUUGUGGCCUUCAAAAUGUUAUCAUUGAUACAAAUUGUAUUGAAACAGCCAAGCAUUUGCUUUUAGCAUGCAGUACAAAAACAAAAUCAUUAAAUGAACAACCAGUUUAUUUUGGCUAUGAAUUCACCCUUUGAAGCUAGUAUCUCAUUCAAAAGUGAAUUUGGUAGUUUGAAAAUGUUUCAACAAAAAGAUAUACAUUUAUGUUUUACAUCCCAAGUGCAAAGUGCAAGCAAGAGUACUUGGCUGUUUCUUGGAAGUGUUAUUGUUGAAAACAGAAAUCAGUUCAUGUUCUAAGCAAAUGACUGCCAGGAAAUGAAGAAACAAGAACCAGCAAGUCCCAGCUUCACUCAGAUGAAGAGUAUUUUCCACAUAUCAUUAGAUAUCAAGCGUUCAGGCAAAAAAAGCAGCAAUUUCAGUAGAACGAUUAAUAAAAUUAAAUAGUAUUAAAAUUAGACCAAUGAUUCAACCACAAGUCAGUCUUUUGCUGUAAAUGCAUUUCGUUGUUCUUUUUUUUUUAUUUGAGAAAGGAUUUCAGUAUUAAGAUGAACUCCAAUACUUUAUAAUUAUCUGAGGUAAGGAUUUCAAUAAAGCUAUUUGUUUGUUGCAACCGACUGUCCUUGUAAAAUGGAAAGCGUGCACUAUACAUGUUUUCCCAGACAACAGUGAUAAUGAAGGAUGGUAAAACCAUAGAAGGUUAAUUAGGUUCUCAAAAUAUUACACUUUUAAAAAGAGAUUUUUCCCAAAGUGGAUUCCCCAAGAGAUUAUAUCCACAGAGGACUCCAGUGGCUUUUUGUGUCGUAUUUUGUUUCUCGUACAAAAAGAAAAUUAAAAAACAAAAAAAGGAAUCCAGGACCAGUGUUGAUUAAGAACACAGAAAAUGUGAACCCAAUGUUUUCCCCACUUUACAUAGAAUCAACUGAACUUUUUUUUUUUUUUGGAGAAAAGAAAAAUAAACACACCAAAUCACUGCCAAAGGAAAAUCCAUUGUUGUCCUUUCUAAUACUGCAUUGUGAGCAUACAAAUCUAUUUCAACCUUCCUCCCCAACCUUUCAGGUUAGUUUCACAGUUUACAAGGCAACCCAGUAUUUGCAACAAUGUUGCUACGGUAAUUAGUUAGUGUGUUUUUCUGAACAAGCAUAUGUCCAUCCAUCUGUAUUUAUAUGGCACAUCUGUACAGAGCAACUUGUGAUAAUCUGGGAUACAUGGAGGCAUCUGUAUGUACAUCAGACUUUUAUACAGUUGCAUAACAUGUAUGGAGGUCAAGGCGAGAUACUUUCAUUAUAAGGAUACCUCUUCAUUGAUACAUCACUGGUGGGGUUGUAUGUCACCAAUAUACUUUUUUCUUUUUUUUAUUGCUGUCACUUUAUGUUGACUCAUUCCAAUGUUUGUUCUGAAAGCUGUUCCUACCUUACAGUACUUUGCAUUUACAUCUGACAGUGCGUCGUCUAGUAAAAGUCCUUGUGUAAUGAAUGACUGGUCCCUGCAUCACUAUCGUGUUGGUCUUUUCUCCUCCACUGUUCUUGUAUACAGCCGAGACCAGACUUGGCUG